ACAACUUGGUUGCUUUCGCUCUCAGCGUCGAUGUUGCCGUUGUCGUUGCCGGUACCGGUACCGGUGCGCAGUUCGCGAUCGCAGUCGGUGCUAGCUGGUUAGAAGGAAAUGGAAUCGCGCCCGUGCAGCGACCGCCGCGGACGACUACGUUAAACGCGAUUCGUCCACGUGGAGCACAGAGCCCGUGGAACCGGUCCGCCGCUCUCGGACGCAGCUACUACGAUUGUGGGGCCCACGGUACCGUCGGGUACGAAGCAGGGGGCCUGCUAGCCGCGACACCCGUAUUUUCCCUAGUGAUGAUGACGAUGACGAUGCUGCUGCACGAGGUGAUUACGUGAACGCAACCGGUCCCCGAUCGACGGGAGGACAAACAACACCGGGGCCUUGGAGAGGAUCGCAGCCGUGACUCGUGGUAUUCCGUGACACGGGCCCCGUACAUUGAGAGACCGAGGAGAAAUCCGCGAGGAAAGUCCGAGACGCACGAUGAUCUCCACGAACUUUUCCCGUCGCGCUGCGCUUCCACGGUGGAAGCGGCAAUACGUUUGCGACGUGCUCGCCCGAGGAAUCAACGACGCGGUAUAAUCGCCGAUUUAGGGAGAGAAAGAGAGCGCGCGCGCGAGAGAGAGAGAUAGAAAGAGAGAGAGGAAGCCGACGCGAGUAAAGAAGUGAGUUCUCUUUGAUUUAGCUUCGUCGCCGUGAUCGCGAUCGUGAUCGGAUAGAGGAUUUAGAAUCGUUCGUCGAUCGGAUCGGUCGUCGGUCCGACGACGAUCGUCGGUCGGCCCUUGGAAUUCGUCGGUUCGUCCGAGAAUCCCGCGGCGACCCGCGUUUAACAGUCGCGAGUCGAUUCAUCGCGCGAAGUCGCGUCGAGGCGAGGCGAGGCGGAAGUUUCAUCGCGAGCGGAACCAAGCCGGCUGCGGACCACCAGGUGCCAAGAGGGUAAACGGGAGAGAGCCGUAAGCUGACAGAGGGCCGUUGGCAGAAGCCGCGCGAGAAGAUGAGCGACGGCAUCGUCGGUGCAAUCGCGAUCAGUUUGUUCGGCAGCGAGAAGAAGCGCCGGGACAGCAUGGAUUCCAGUUACACGAUCCUUGGCAAUGAUGUCGACGUCUGCAGAAUGUUCGACCAAUUCUCUUACAAGAGAAACGAGAACCUCGAUUUCGCGCUGAACGUGCCGCAGUCUCAUCACCCGACGCCUUAUCAUCAUCAAGAGGGUUACGCCAUGGCCGAUCAGACGUUUCACACGCCCAGCUUCGGCGACGAGGAUUUCGAUAUUCCCUCGAUUCAUUCUCACUCGCACCAGCAGCAGCAGCAUCAACGCCAACAACAACAACAACAGCAGCAGCAGCAGCAACAACAACAACAGCAGCAGCAACAACAGUCCCAGCAACAAGCUCAGCACGAUCAGAUGCAUAGCUAUCAGGCGCGGAUGAUGCAGUCCACCGGCGGUAUUCAACAGUCUCCGGACGGAUUAAAUCUGGACCCCGGAGGAUAUCAGCAAUCGCUCUAUCUGCAGCAAGACCAUGCGAUGCAACCGAUCAGCGUCGGAAUAUCCCGUGGCAACUCACGCGUGUCAGCACGGAGCGCGGCCGUUUAUCUACAAUUUCUAUGCGGUCGCAACACACGCGGAAAUCGCUCCAGCUACAGUAGCCCACCUGGUUCGUACGCGCCGAUGAGCUCGCCGCGCCAGCAGCACGGAAGCCAGCAGAUGAUGUUGCUCCAACAACAGCAACAACAACAACAACAACAGCAACAGCAGCAGCAACAACAACAACAGGCACAGAUGCAGCAGCACAUGCAGUACAUGCACACUCAGCAACAGCAGUUGCAGCAGCAACAGAUGCAGUACAGGAGUCCCACAGGGGGUAGUCCGCCGACGAUUCAGUCGAGCAGCGUGCCGGAGCCGAAUAACAACACGACCACCAGCGAGGACAGCGACGACAGCACGCCGCACUCUGGAAUGAUCACCGGGAUAAAGCGACCGUCGCCGGAGCCGGCCGACGUCGGCGCGAAGAAUCAGAGGAAGCCAAAGUCGCAGAAGAAGAAGAAGAAGAGGGAUCCGAACGAGCCGCAAAAGCCCGUGUCGGCGUACGCUCUGUUCUUCAGGGACACGCAGGCGGCGAUAAAAGGUAAAAACGCCAGUGCGAGCUUCGGCGAGGUGUCGAAGAUCGUUGCCUCGAUGUGGGACGCCCUGGACAGCGAGCACAAGAACGUUUAUAAGAAGAAGACCGAGGCGGCGAAGAAGGAGUACUUGCAAGCCCUGGCCGCGUACAGGGCGUCUCUCGUCAGCAAAGGCGCGGCCGAGAACGAGCAACAGCAGCAGCAGCAGCAGCAACAGCAGCAGGCGUCGCCUCAGCAACAGCAACAGCAGCAACAACAACAGCAACAGCAGCAGGUUCAGUACGCGACGUACGGGAACUACACCGGAACCGGGACCCCCGUGAGCGUCUCGUAUCAGGUCUACAGUCCGCAGCCGCAACCACCGUCUCCUCAGCAGCAGCACGCGCAUCCGCACCCGCAUCAGCAUCAACACCAGCACCAUCAUCCGCAUCCUCAGCAGCAACAGCAGAUGCAGAUGAAAAAGUCGGCUCAUCAUCUGAGCAUGACGGGGAAUCCGCAGCAGCAACAGUCGCAGCAGAGUCUGAUGAACAGCGGAAUGGUGUCAUCGCACAUCGGUCAGCAGUCGCAACAGUCGCAGUCGCAGUCGCAACAGCAACAGCAUAUGCAACAGCAGGUCUCCCAGCAGCAGUACAUGCAGGUGCAGCAACAGCAAGUGCAACAAGUACAAGUGCAGCACCAGUCGCAGCAUCACCACCAACACCAACAGCAACAGAUGCUGCACGCGAGCCCUCCGAAAGGGGACUCGUUGUCCAGCCCCUCGCCUGCUGGCAGCACGGGCCAGGCGACAAUAACCGGGCAAAGACCGGCGUCGAACGCGUGCAUUAGGCACGGCUGUCCGAAUCCCGCGGUGGCGAAUAGCGAAUGGGAGGACGAGUACUGCAGCAACGAAUGCGUGGUCAGCCACUGCAGGGACGUGUUCACCACGUGGGUCUCCUCGAAUCAAACUCCCCAACAGAACUUUUCCACCGUCAAAUAAGGAUACGUAGAAUCAUGAAAAAGCGUACGAUCAUUCGAGCACGCGUUUCGACCGUCGUCGUCGUUCGUUCGUGUUCGAUAUGAGUAUACCUGAUCUAAAGCGUGUACAUAAAUUGACAAAGAGAAUCGCGUAGGAUCGAGCAACCUAAACCGAUGACGCUAAUAAAACUCGACUGGUACGCGCAGGCAUACGCACGGCUCGGUGGUACGGGACGGAAUGUUUUUUGAGCCGUGUUCACGCAUCGCGGACCCGACCAGUCACAUUUAUAUCGUUUAAUAGCUCUAUAUGUGUGCAAAACACGCGGCGACGAUCCUGUCAACGCGGCAAGAGUAUUAUGAAAUCGCCAAAGUAGCCGAUCGAAUUGAACCGUAGUUCCGAAGCAUCGACGUCAUCGUCCUCCCCCCUUCCUUUCUUCUCGCCCACCCUCCUCCUCGACUUCUUUGAGAUUCCCACGGGUCGGAAACGAAAGAACGAUUGAAUCGAGUGUAAGGAAAAGUGUAUCUUCUCUGCAACGUUUCGCUAGCGAUCGUCUUAACAAUUACGUGUCAACGUAGAUCUCGCGCGACAAGCCUGCGAUCCGAUCGUAGUGCUCGCGCAUCAACUGACGCGCACUCGGUUCCCAGGUUCUUUCUGACAAAACUCGUGUUCACGACACAAGAUAGAGAGAGAGAAUGAGAGAGAAAGAGAGAGAGAGUGGCGGUAACAAGCAAUUUAUUUUUGUAUAAUUAUACGAAUAAUCGGUGGAACUAUAGCAAUACGAAGGAUAUCGUUAAACGGGCCAAGCGAAGAGCGACGAGCGAUCGUCGCCCAUCCUCGAUCCUCGCCGGGUUUAUUCUCGUUGACGACGAACGACUUAGGUGCGUAGAAUUUUGUUGAAUAAUCCCGCGAGCGCCGUGGACACUAUUUAACGCGAAAUUAUACGAAUUCGUGCACCCUUCGCGCCACCAUUUAAACGCGGAAAUCGGGGCGAGGUUGCGGCCGCCGUCUGCGUAUGUCCGCGUAUUAAUCCUUGUCACCCCUUGUCGGCGGCGAUGAUUCUACGCUCUCUGAUAGCUGAUUACUAGACAGAUGAUAAAAAGUAUGUGACAAAAGAGAAUCGUGAACUCUGCGUUGCCGGUAUUUCUAUCGAUGCAAGCGUUUUUAAACAACCGUUUUUUGGUUUCUUUUUUCCUCGACAUCCUCUUGUACAUAUAGACAAAGAAAUAUUCCAUAGAUUUUCAAUGCUCCACGAUGUAAACAUAAUCGGUAGUGUACCAUACUAUGAUAACACCCCCCCCUCCCCGCCCCUACCCCCCUCGAUAUAUCGUAACAAAAAUGUAUGAAAUAUAUAUAUAAAUACAAAAAAGGGAAACCGACUCGACACUAAAAAAUAUGUACGCACGCGUACAUGCGAGACACGUACGUAUAUGGUGCAUGUAUACGUAUAAGCGAUUCGCUAUUGUAUGUACGUAUGUAUAGAUGUACACCGUGACAGCGUAGCGUCACGAUACACGUGAAUAAUACACGGACACACACACCACACACAUACAUACAAACACACACACACACGCGUUGCAUCCACUCGGCGAGCUGAAUCGGACUAACGUAGAUAAACCGAGAAAAUCGAAGGAGAAAACCAACUGAAAAAAGUUGUUGCGUCGUCGACCACGUUACGGAAGAUUCUUCCCAUGUUAGUCGUAAAUCGCGUCGAUAUGUAUACCGAAGAAAAACAAAAGAAAAAGGCGUAAAAAGAGAGAAAGAGAGAGAGAAAGAGCGCGCGAGGAUGAAAGGAAAGAAGGAUAAGUAAAGAAAGAAAUGAUGGAAAUAAAUCUAGAAAAGCUCGAAUUACUUAUCGUAGUGCUAGCACUUUGCGCCGAACGUAUGCAUACACGCAUGCAUAUAUGGGUGUAGGUGUGUAGGUGCGUGCGUGCGAGCGUCUGCCUGCGUGUAUGUAUGUAUAUGUACAAUGGUGAUUCGAAUUUCCGACGAGUUGAUUUUGAAUUUUUUGUUGAUUUUCUGUACAAAGAUGAUAACGAUUAAACGAACGUCAGUGUGGAA